AUGCUCGAUGGGGUGAAUGAUGAGGCACAGCAUGCCCACCAGCUUGGAAAAUUGCUGGAGACAUUUCAAGUGGUUGUGAACCUGAUACCAUUUAAUCCAAUUGGUACACUCAGUGAUUUCAGAACCAGCAGCGAACAUAGUGUUACCAGAUUCCAGGAAAUAUUGAGAAGUGCUUAUAACAUCCGAACAACCAUUCGUAAGCAAAUGGGCCAAGAUAUUAGUGGUGCAUGUGGUCAGCUGGUGAUUAGCAUGCCCGACAAGAGGUCCACUGGGAAUGAAGAACCCCUGAUCGACAUUGAAGAUCUUCAUCUUUAAUACUGCCAAUCUUUCAUAUCCUAGUUCCUGUCAAUUAUAAGGUAUCGUUGCCUUCUAAAACUUUAUUUACAUUCUGGUAUGUACCAAUUGCAAUUUGGCAUUGUUUUGGGUCAUAGAGAUGUUGGUAGAGACAAUUUAUGACUGUAGGGUACAUCCUAACUUGUUAUUAUCAUUCUUGUCCAUAGAAUUCCUGAGCCAGUUUUCCUGCUGCCAAGGUAAAGGAGGGAGUAGGUAGUUUAUAGGUGAUUUCCUGACAUAUCAUGUGAUACACUACUUGCAAAUUGAACCCCUAAUGCUAAGACGUCAAGUUGAAUAAGCAUCUUAACAAUUCCUAUUUAAGUGUCAUGCAAAUUUGCGUAGCUUGUGUCCAACUCUGAUCUAUCAUAUCUAUUUGUGGCUUCAUAUUGAGCACUCAACCAGCUUAGUAAUUUCCAUCCACCUUGUUCAAUAGCAUGUAGCUUUAUGUAGAAAAAAGCACGUUUGUUCUUAUGACCAAAUUUUAUUUGAGCUCUUCACC